GUUUGUUGUUUCACACACUGUUUUUCUUCAUAUCUACUAGACAUAGUCUAUUUAUAAGCAAGCGUCAGUGUUGCAUAUGUAUGUACAUACAUAUACUCGAACAGAGAUAGAGACAUGCAAAAUUUAUAAAACACAAAAAAAAAAAAACAAUCAACAAAUAAGGUAUAUUCAUGCAUUGCGCUUCGCAAACAUGCAAUCGCGUCAAUCGUGAAUUGUGCGCACAAGUGAAAAGAACUCAGUUCGUGGUAGAAUUUUGUGAAAAUUUGACAAUUAUUAUAAGUGAAAAUUUUUUGUAUGCGCCCGAGUUAGCCGUAGGAAAUUUUGCAGUGAUUUACAUAUCGUUAGCAAGUAAAUUUAGUGGCUUUCGCGUUGCAAAAGAAACGCACUUGAGAAAUGCGUUUGGCAGGAUUCGGUCGUCUGUCGUCGUCGUAGAUGUAAAAUCGAUAUUUUCGUGCUGUAUCUUACGGCGAAAGGUGCUCGGCAGCAGUGCUGUCGCUUGAGCGCCGCAGCGCGGUAGCAACGUAACCGGCAGCGGCAACGUCAACAGCAGCGCAGCAAAGUCUACAGCAACGAAAAUAAUAAUAAAAUAAUAUAAGCAGCAACGCGUUUAACGGUAAAAUAGUGAGCAAUACGUUUACGAAAGCUGCGGAAUGACAACUAAGUGCGCGUCGCUGUCUGCGCUUUGCUAGCGCUCGAGCUUUUGCUAGCUGCAUAUCGACAGGCGCUGCCGCUGAUGAUAAUUAUAUUGUUGAUGAGAAUAGCUACGUCUAUGAUUAUGACUAUGCCUAUGAUUACUACGAUGGCGAUAACGUUGACGAACGCGAUGUCAUUCCCAACUGCCUGCUCGUUGGCGUAUCCGUGUCUCGUCGAUUUGUGCCGCUCGGCUACAAUCACUACCAACACAACCAGUAGCGCUACUACUAAUACUACUACUACUACCGUGAAACAUACAUGCGAGUCAGCUCUUUUAUGGAUGUUGUUGCACUUGUUGUUGUUACCGUCUGCAGCCUUAAAAUAUGCCGUAAAAAAUGUAAACGUGACUCGUGCAGCGUUGGCGGCGACGUCGUCGUUAUCGUCGUCUCUGUCAUCGUUGUUAGCAUUGGCUGCGGCGUUUUAAAGGAAGUGCUUUCUAGAAAGGCCAGUCUGUUCGCAAGCCAGUUAGUUAGUGGUGAGACAAAGAAGCGAGCGCCUAAAAAGAAGGAGUUAAACAAGACAGCCAGACAGCUAGGCAGUCUUUGAAGCAACUCAACUGGACCCAGUCACAGCACCGAGUGAGACAGGAAACGCGACCUCAAAGGCGUCGUACAUACUAAAGCAGCAACGUUAGUCAGCUUCUUGGCAGCGUUUUUUUUUUUUUUAGUUUUAAAAGAAUGAAACGCUCUGCAUAUUUGUGAAGUUAGUCGCAUUUAAGAAAAACUGUGUUUAAGCUGUGCUAAAUAUAAUAAUAAUGAUAAAGUUUGUUAGGCAAAAGAAUCGCGAACAAACAGUUAAAGCAUCAAGCAAGAGUUUCUUUAAGAAAAAGGGCGAGUCGAAUGAUUCCGGUACCGAAUCUGAUGGUGACGUCCUAGAUGUUGACAAGCAUCGCCCCUUAGACUUGGACAUGGAAACCAGCUUAAGCUCGUGCGCCGAUGUGAAUUCGCCAACCACAGACACCGCCUGCUCCUCGUCAGCGUCCUCUGCGAUGAUGUGUCAAUCCCACCUUUUAUACGAUCAACACAGCUCCGAGGAGGAAUUGGAAGUGAUCAAUGGACCAUCAUCGGUUGCAGCCGCUGAGGCGGCGUCCAAUGUAUUGGGGGUGCGGGGCACCGCCUCAUCACUCAUAUCGGAGCGUGGCUCAUCGUCGUUGGAGCCCGAAGAACUAUUCGGCGAAGCAUCGACAUCGAAACGUUCCAGCUCAACAUUAGUUGAGAAUCGUAAAAGAUCUCUGGCCCACAGCUCCGAUGAUGACCUGAGGAACUUCUUGGAACCGGUGUUGACCCCAGUGAAUUUUCGCACAUCGCCACCAUUGGAAGCUUUCAAGCCAAACCGCAGCCACAAAUAUCGCUCCACAACGCCACUGAUAUUAUCGGAGGCGCGCUGUGGCAUCGAAAAUAUUAAAUUAUGUGAUAAUAGUGUUAAUGACGAAAAUGGUGAGGCUGCUGGCGCUGCGUCGUGUGCGUCGUCGUCGUUGGGCGCAGCAAGUGGUGGCAACGGUAGCGGUGGUGGUGGCGGCGCCUGCGGUGGUAACGCCAGUUCAACGAGUGUGAUUAAGGCGUGCGCCUCAUCGCUCAAAAUGAGCAAUAGCAGCCAUCAUAUCUAUCAGCCGCAACCGAAAUAUAAUUUCCACUAUAAUAGUUCGCGCAGCAGUCCAGCAUCAACGACCGCUCUCGAUGCGAUGGAGGUGCGCUCGGUUAGUCCACCGGCGAAACUCUUCCAUUCGGCUAGAUCACCACACCGCCGACCGAUACGCACACAACACGCCACACAGAGGCUACAGCGACCACAUCGGCCGUGCUUAGACUUCGACAAAAUGCAGCAAGUAAGUCUCUAAUGCAGCGCCAAAUCAAAGACUUUUUACUUCUCACUAAUUACCAGUAAAUGUACCUAAAAGCUCGCAUUACCCAAAACGAAUACAGUAUGAUGAUGCUGAUUGAUGAGGAUAAAUGAUAUCUAAGAAAGAUGAUGAUCAUGAUGAUGAUGAUGAUGAUGAUGAUGUUUAUGUUGAGGGAAGCAUAAUGAGUUAAAGAGGUGAUAAUGAUGAAGCUGAAGAUGAUAAUGAUAAUUAUGUUUAUGGACAGUAAUGUUGAUAAUCGGUUUUGUAUAGCAAAAAAGUGUAAUGAAGAAAAAUUUAUGCAAAAUUUGUAUCUUUUAUGCUAAGAAAGAAGAGCAAAGUGUCAGCAGAUAUGGCUAUCAAUAAGAUGUAGACUUUUUUUAAAACAGAACAUGGCGCCAUAUAAUUAACAGCGAAAAAUAAGAAGAAAAAAA